AUGCCUCGCCGAGCUGGACAACGUCGCAUGGGACGACGUCCAUCUCCCCCUGUGGAUGAAGGGAGUGAGGAUGAAAAUGCAUACGGUGUUCGAGCGCCUCGUGUUUUCGAUAACUCGGAUGACGAGCCUGAAGGCAUUGUUGGCGACGACGAAGAGAUUGACAGUGACGAGGCGUUUGGCGAGGACGACGAGUAUGAGCUUGGACAAACAGUCUUUCGCGCCCAUGCCUCUACGUCACAAGAGGAAGAUGAGGACGAUGCGCCGCAUGACUUUGAAGAGGAUGACGGCGACGACCUCGUUGCGCUCAGCCAUCUGCUGGACGAGGCACCGGACGAGGACGAGGACACUGAAGAGGACAAUGAGAGCGAGAAUGAUGAUACUUUGCCAUGGGAUGAUGACGAUCUCGCGCGUUUUGCGUCCAAGAAGCGCGCGUAUACUGAUGACGAGCCUACGUCGAACAAGCGUGUAUCACGCGAAGAACGAACAGAAGCAGUGCAAGAAGGAUCAGAUGCUGCCGGCGGUGGUGCCAAGCUAAGCUUGCAGGACUUUUUGUCGACGGGUGCUGGCACAUCCUUGCAAAAGGUACGUGCGCUGGCCGAGCGUGCUUCGGCCACGUCCCAGCAGCCUGUCGCCUCGAAACGGGGUGGCGGUAUGCUUCAUGCGCCGCUACCUAAGACUGCACAGGACCGUUUGGAUCGGGCUGCUGCAUAUACCCUAUCAAAAGAGGAGGUGCAAGGCUGGGCACCUACGAUCAAGCGUCUACGUGAGGCGGAGCAUCUAUCCUUUCCCCUUCAAAAACCAGCGCAGCCUCCGCAAGCCUCCAAUGCUGGCCUCACAGCGACGUUCCAGCCCAGUACGGAGAUGGAGCAAUCUGUGGCAGCGUUGCUGGAGGAAGGUGGGCUUACAGAGAAGCAAGUCGCCGAGCAGGAAGGCCUGGCCAUGCGUGCGAUGGAUGCGGCGGAAGCCUCUCGUCGUCAAGCUGAGCUCCGUCGGAUGCGUGAACUCAUGUUCCGAGCCGAGCAGAAAGCACGUCGGGCCAAUAAAAUUAAAAGCAAGACGUAUCGCCGGAUUCACCGCAAAGAGCGUGAGCGUAUGCAGCAGCAGCUAGCCGACUUGGCGGCUGCUGAUGGGACGAUCGACGAUAAGGACCAGGACGAAAUGAUAUACCAAGCGGCCAAAGAUCGUGCGAAAGAGCGCGCUACGCUUCGGCACAAAAACACGGGCAAAUGGGCCAAGUCGCAUUUGGGACGGCAUGAUGAAGCGUCCCAGGAGGCCCGAUUGGCUAUGGAAGACCAGUUGCGGCGCGGUGAAGAGCUGCGCAAGCGCAUCCACAGCAUGCACAGCGAUGAAGACGACUCGUUUGAUGAAGAGUACGACGAAGACAAUGCCGAAGAUCGCCAGGCACGUGCGUUUGAUGAGCUAGAGGAGUAUGAGCGUCGUGAGGCGUUGCAAGAUGCGAAGGACGAGGCGGACAUUGCUGCGUCGGAUAAGAAAGGCAAGGGCGUUUUCCAAAUGAAGUUCAUGAAGGAUGCACGGGAACGCCAGGCUCGGGUAGCCAAGGAGACCAUUGCUUCUCUUAUGGAGGAUGUGGGGCGCAUGGAUGCCUCAGACGAAGAGGAAGCGCUGCCUACGUCGGUCGGGCGAGCCGUAUAUGGCCCAGGUCUAUCAGCUUCGCGCACGUCCGACGUGGCAAGUCGCCCUGCUAACCCGUUUAGCACAGGCGAGACGAAUCCAUGGCUGCAAGGCGAAGCGUCGUCGUCGCUCUCUAAGAAGAAACCCAGCGUUUUGGUCGGCAAAGACAGUAGUGCGGCGACCAAGGCGGCGCAUCGUACGGAACGGCAUACGGCCCGUGGCGACGAGGCGCGUGCAUCAGCCUUGAGCGAUGCCACGCUAGCUAUCGACCCUACAGCCCAACUUGCCAUGGCCGCGGAGGAGGCGAGUGAAGAGGAGGAGAGCGAUGUCGAGCCUGCGGACGUCACUGCGCUGGCCCGCACGAAACGCGGCAAGCGCGGGAAGAAAGGCGGAUCGGCCAUGGCGCCUAUGAAACGCGACUUGGUUGCCGAGGCGUUUGCUGGCGACAAUGUCGCUCUGGACUUUGCCAAAGAGAAACGCGCUGCAAUGGAAGCGGAUGCGCCUCGCGACGAAGAUAUGACCCUACCAGGCUGGGGCUCAUGGGGCGGCAAAGGUGUUCGCCGUAAAGCGAAAAAGACGCCUACGCAUGUGCGUCACAUAGCAGGCUUGGACCCGCAUAAGCGCAAAGACUUUGGCAUGGACAAUGUGAUUCUCAACGAGCGUCUGGAUAAGAAGGCUAGCAGGUACAAGGCCAAGGACUUGCCGUUCCCCUACACGAGUGCCGCGCAGUACGAAGCUGCGAUGCGCACUCCUCUGGGUGCCGAGUGGAAUACGCGUACACAGCAUCAGCGCAUGACAUUGCCCCGUGUGACGACCAAGAUGGGCCAGCGCAUUGACCCUAUUCGUACGUAUGCUGGCGACUGA